AUGGCAGCCGACAAUGAGAUUUAUUGUGCAUCAUGGUUGAAAUCAGUAUCUAUUUACAGUCGUACAGCAGAGGAUAUUCGACACAAAGCAGAAAUUUUGCGACAGAAAGGAAAAGCCCUUCGAAUUGAAGCUGAUGCACUAGCAAAAUAUUAUCAACUUAAUGUUAAUAAUCGCUUUCAUGAUCGAAUCCAAUGUAAUCGCGAGUGGCUCCACUUACUUCAAGAACUGAUAAAUAUGAUCAUUUCAGUGUCUCACAUCCUUGGUGAUACAAAAAUUCAGGGCGAACACUUCAUUGAUACCCUCAAUGAAUUAAUAGGCGUCAAUGUGGAGACUAUUGCUUUUCGAGAUUCCCAACUACAUGUUGAUACUUGCAAAGAUGAAGUCCAAACUGAGCUUCAUAAAGAGUCUGAACUACAGAAUGAGAUUCGCAAUGAUUUGCAGUUGCUAAUUGAUGGCGGGGCUGUGAUUCUUCAAGAUUUAAUUCACCUUCCUCGAGAAAUAGAAAAAGUCGCUGCCGAUAAAGAUAAGGCAUUGAAAAUCGACAUCGACAUGUUCAAUAUCAAUGAAAAAUCAGCAAAUGUCAGUUUCAAACCCAUAUAUAAUCGGAAAGGUGUAAACAACCUGGAUAUGCAAACGUGGGAUGAUAUUGUGCGUGAUCUAUACGCGCCUGUUGAAGAAUAUUAUAAGAAAGGCUUGGAGUUGUGUGAACGUCUAUAUGAUGCCUUCAAUAAGGCGUCCAACAGAUUGUCAGUAAAGGCAGAUGAUAUAUCUCAAUCUCUAAGACGCCAAACUCAUAAGAUUAACUUAGCUCUACGUGAACUACAUUAUCAGCAAAUUGAGGCAAGUGUCGCUGCUAUAAUAUUCUUUCAGUUGGAAAAGACAAAAGAAAAACUUAUCGCGGAUAUUGCCGAGUGGCAAUCCUCCAAGGCGUCUAAAACAGCGCAACGGAAACUAUGUGAAACCCGAGCCGAGUUUCGUACUGAACGACCUGCGUUGGAAAACACCAAGGAUGCUGUCUAUUUUGGCCUUAAUGAUGAACGAAAAAACUUAAUGGAGAGCAGUAAUGCUCUGGAUAAAAUGAUUUUCAAAGCUAGGUAA